ACAGUCCUGGCAAAGCGCAGCUGCUGAAACCUCUCAUCCUCCGUUCACGCUUUCUGUCCUGCGUCACAAGGUUACUGAAGUUGGACGUUUCUCGGGAGCGCCUUUCGUAUUGACCAAUGAAGAGGCGGUUUGUGACGAGGUGGAGUUUGGUUGCUGUUGCUGGUGGUGGUAUAGGUAGCUGAUUUUUGCCAGGAAUCGCCGACCUCAUCCUCUCGGUUUAUAUGUUGGCCCACAAACCUCUGCAAACUGGAGAGCAAACACGGGCAGCUCGAUGUUCAGUAUAAGGCGGCGACGCCGCAGAAGAAAAUGAAGAAGAGGAAGGAGCUGAACGCCCUUAUCGGUCUCACCGGCGAUGGCAAGAAGAAGAAGUCGAAGAAAGGCUCCGGGCACCAGCUCCUGCUGCGGACCGAGGCCACGGCCUCCGAUUCCGAAUCCACCUCCGAGUUUGACGAGUUCGCGCAGCCGGCUCCUGGCUCCCUGUUUACAAAGGGAGGCUACUUAAGAUGCUGCAAAAUUUGUUAUCCACUAUGUGCAUUUGUUAUGCUCGCUGCUUGUGUAGUGGCAUGCGUUGGUUUAGUCUGGAUGCAAGUUGCACUCAAAGAAGAUCUGGAUGCUCUGAAGGAAAAGUUCAGAACUUUGGAAUCUAGUCAAAAGACUUCGUUUAGUGACAUUCCAAAACUAAGUGAAGAUCUCCUUGCAGUCCAGAAAGAUCUUGCCAACUUAGACACUGGAGACAGAGGGAUUAGCAAAAUAUGGACCAACAUCACAGAGCUGAUUAAGCAAGUUAGCCAGCUGAAUUUAGCUGUUGCUCAUCUGAAAGCCGAUGUUAAAUCAGCAUCUGACUUGAUCAACCUUCCAGUCACUGUGGAACAACUCCAGAAGAGUGUUGCCACAAUCGGGAGCACGCUCACCAGUGUUCAACACGAUGUUGAUACUGUGCAGACUGCCUUUGAGGAUCAAAAGAAGAUGGUGGACACUCUUCAACAAAAUAAGGACAUCUUGGACUUGCGUGAUGAAGUAGGUGAGGUCAAUGCCACCCUCCUAUUUUACCAUGCAAGCAAUGAUGAAAAGCUGCAGCACAUAGAUUUUGAAGUUCGUAAUCUCAGCCAGAGAGUUACAUUACUGGAAAAAAAAUUACUAAUUGCUAGUAAUGUGACUAAAACUGAGAAUGUAAAUGGCACGGUGGUGACUCAGAUGAAUAGCACUCAGGAAAUAGUUAAUUCAGAUCACCAGAUUGCUCUCAAAGUACAGAAACCUUCAGGAUUAAAUAAUCACAGCAGUCAAAUGUCAAACCUUAGGGAGAGGUUGAAGGUUAUGGUGAACGCCCUGACUAGCAAACCAGAAAAUGUAGGUGAUACAAAUGCAAUCAACAGUCAAGGUAAUACAAGUUCAGUUACUACAGUGAAACCUGUAGUGACUUCCACACUUCCAGUAAAAGCAGGACCUAAAAAAAACAGUAAAAGGAAUGUCAAAUUAAAACAGCUUUCUUUACCUGGAAUUACCAAUUUGAAAGCGCUACAAGAUCUGUUUGUUAAAUCUAAUGAUGGCCAGCUCUCUUAUCAAGAUCUUUACAACUUAUUUGGGAUCCGAACCCCUAAGCCUGAACAACUUCAGCAAUUUGAUUCGAAUAAAGAUGGAAGAUUUUCUCAAACAGAACUCAUUGAUGCAUUUGCUCCUUAAAGGGACCAAGGGUUGCACAAUAUCAAAUCUUUUUGGACUGGUACAGUUUUUUAAAACUGCAGUACUGACUUCUAAUUAUUACAGUUGCACCUUUUAAACAGUGUUUCACUAUUGUGCAAAAUUUCCUUGUAUCCCAGUAGAAUAGAUAUUCCUAACAGUUUAGCUUUAGGCUUUCCCCAAUCUUUUUAAUGAAUCAUUCUGUAAUAUCCUACCUGAGUAAGUUAAUGAAACAUCAAAGUGAAGUAGCUUGUUAAGCUUUCAUCAAACUUAUUGCAGGUUUAUAAACUAGUACAAGUUUUCAUUAAUUUUGGUCAAGACAAAAGUGAAUUUGUUUUUAUGCUUUGAGCCUUUAAUUGGUGAUGAAGGAAGGGGUGAAAGAUUACCUUUUUGAACUCAAAUUUCACGUAUAUGGUAGUCACCUCUGUCCGGUCAACACAUUCAUCUAGAAGUUUCAGAAACUUCCAUCAUUCUCAAUGCAGAAUGCAUAACCAUUUUAAUCACCCUUGACAAAAGUUUAAUGUGUACAUCUCAAUAGUUUAAGGCAAAAUACUGGAGGGAUUUAUGACUACUUUUAUUUUAGGAUUGACCUUUGCUAAACUCUUGCAGGACAUUACCAGUUCUGAAAAUUUGACAGGUUCAACAACUUAGGCACUGUAUGUAUAAUGCAGUAAGUAGAGACAUUUUUUUGCAGGUAAAUAGGACUGCUUUCAUCUUGCUUCAGUGCUGUAUUCAUGUUAGUGUAUCCCAGUGUGUGGAUUGUAAACAGCUGGCAUCAACCACCAAAGUAGGUUUGAUUUUACUAAUGCUGGCUACUGCAAAGACCCACUUUGAAAACAAAAAUGCUGGAUGAAACUCCAAUUUGGGAGUGCUGCACCGGCAUCGUUCAAGUAUAACAGGAUUUUAACAAUUUUGUUUCUAUCGAGCAUGUUAUGUAUUUUGUUCUUUUGGUGUCAUGUAAAGUAUUCCUUCAUUUAUUUAAGAACUGAGCUUUCCUUCAGAUCUGUCGCUCGGUCAUUUUAGUUCAUUCUGAAAAAGAGUUUAGUUGUGCAUUGAUCUUGUAAGCCAACUGCAGCAGAUAGUAUCAUAGGUUGUAGAGUGCAAAACUAACCUAUAAGUUGUUUACAGCACUGCAGUUUUCUUAAGAUCAUUACUUAAAAAGUGGAACCCAAUAACGUUGAAGCUUUCUUUGACUUGAAUAAUUUUGACAUUUUGUUUCCUAAUAGUGGUAUAAAAUAAUUGCAUAAUAUAACUGUAAAGCAGUUUGCUGCCAAGUAUUUCUAAUGUGUAAAGCUUAAAUAAAUAAGCAUUAAAAGCAGCAUCCAUGUCUCUAGCACAAGCUUGGCAAUAAUAAAAUACUAGAGUAGGAAUGAGAGUCAAUCUGGUAUUGACUUUGGAUCAUAUUACAGCAUAAUAUUCUGAAUGAUAUGCUCAAAUUCUGUGAAUCCCACAAGGUCAGAAUUUAAAUGAGAGAAAUUUAACAGCAAAUACAAAGUAUUGAAUUUAUAAUUACAUUGUCUUUUUUUUUUCUGACACCAGCUCCAUAUGAAAUCAUAGUAUUUUGUGGAUAACUAUUUUCGUUCUGCAAAAUUUUAACAAAAUUUACUUCAACUCCAUAAAUCUAAUCCAAUAAUAACCUCAUUAAUUAUACUAGCAAUAAGAGAUCGACCUUUCUGGUAUUUUUGUAUUUCAUAGUGAUAAGUUUCAUUCAGUUUUGCAGAGAUAUUUGCAGAAAGGUUGAUUGAAUUUUCUGAUCCAGGUACAGGAAGAAAAAUAAUUCUGGUAGUUUGCACUGUUGGCUGGUGGAUAAUUUUUAUAUGUACGCAUAUAUAUAAUGCAAUGCUGGUGGUAAAAACUAAAGCUGAACACUGGACAAGUGUCCUAAAUAAAGGAACUGCUUUGCUGCA